UGUGGGAGAUAUUAUCCGAAAAAGUUGACUAGUCUCAUAGCUAGUUUAAGGAAGAGGUUCUUGCAUGGUGCAUUUACAUUUGUGAGUGGGGGUAACUAAUCGGUAUAAUUGAUGAAUUAAUUAGCACACUAUUCCAUAACACCUACCUAUUAAUAGCCUAAUUUUCUUCUACUUCCGUAUUCUUCACCUUUUUGGUUCCCACUGCUCCUGCUGUUUUCCACUUUUCCUUCUUUCCUAAGCAAAUUCAGCUACUUCUUAUUCUUCUUCUUUCCCAAAGCAGUUAUGGGAAAUCUGCAAACAAAAUGGGCAGCGAGUACAGUCCAACCCUCUGAGUCCAAUUCAGCUUCUUCUUCUUCUUCUUUGUUUACCAAUGGCAGUGGUCAACAACAACCACCCCAGCCUCCACGGGCUCCUCUUUCUUCUCCCUCUGAUCACCAUCAAACGUCCCAGGAAGGUGCCCUCUGCGGGGACCUUAAGGGCAAACUAGAAUUGAAGGGUGAAGGGUGAAGGGCGAGUGGGUGUUGAAGCUCUGGAUCAAGUUUUAAACUUUGGUCAACAGGGUGUUAAUGGUGAUGAUCGGGAUAUUGAGGGCUCGGAGAGGAAUAGUUGGGAAGAUGAUUAUGUGAAUGGAAGUGUUUAUGAUGGCAACUGCGUUGGAGCUGAGAAGAGAAAAAAGAGAGGCGCUGGUCGGCAAACGAAGGUCUUUUUCUUUUUUCUUGGCUCUUUCUUCUAGGCAUUAUUGAUUUUUUAGAAUGUUAGUGAUGCAUACGAUUUGAUCAUUUGUUUUGUUUUUUGGGCCACUUGUCUUUUGUGAUAUUUUGUUAUUUUGUUAUCAACUUUAUCAAUUGAAUCUUCAAACAGUGAAGAAGCCGAAAAGGGCAUUGCCUUAGCCAAAGAGGUAACACUAGUAUUUUUGUUCAUCAUGCAAUCAUGACAUUUUUUAAAUAUAGAGCAAAGGGAUUUAAACACAUUAAGCUGCUACAAUGCUCAGAAAAUCAACGCUUCCUAAUUUCAGCAUUGAAAUGCAUAGUAAUAAAUUUGAUAUCUUGGUUAUCAUAUUUUAAACUGUCGAUUUGAGUUUGUUUUCCUAUAUGGCAUUGUUUAAUUACUUCUGUAAAUUUCAAAAUUUUCCCUUGUUGAUUCCUUGUAAAAGGAGUCACUACGGAUAAAAUGGUAGAAAAGUAGUACUUCGAAAUGGAUUUUGAUCCAUUUAACAUAAUAUAUCUGUACAAUUAGCCAGCAUCUCCUAUGGUGAUUGAAUUUGAGUAGCCAGUUAAAAUCUCAUAUCUCGUUAUUCUGUCAAAAGAUUCGCAAUUUAACAAUUUUGAUGUUCUAACAAUGCAUUAUAAGGUUGCUAAGGAGCAGUCACAAGAAAGACAAGAACCAUCAGAAAGAUCCGGCCAAACAGAAUGCAAGUAUUAUCCAUCACUACCAGCUGCAGAACUGAACUUUCUUGACCUGCCUAUCCGUCCGGGAGAGAAAGAUUGUGCCUAUUACAUGCAACAUGGGUCAUGUAAGUUUGGAGAAAACUGCAAGUAUAAUCAUCCUGACCCGACAACUGGAGGAUGCGAUCCUCCUCCUAUGUAUGAUAAUGUAGGAUCUAUUUCAUUCAGUGGUGUACUGCAACAGUCUGCAUCAUCAGUCUCUUCUCCAGGAAUAGUAAACAAAACUUCUCCUUUUCUGCCAAUGAUGCUUUCGCCUACUCAAGUUUCUCCUCAAGAUUCCGAUUGGAAUGCAUAUCAUUAUCAGGCACCUAUAUGCCCAUGUGUGAUGAGUAUGCAUCCACCUACACAUGUCAAGAACUACCCAGCUAUCGAAACUAACGCUUAUACGCCCCAACAAAAUCAGAUCCAAGUUGGAGUUGAUGAGUUUGCAGAAAUACCUGGGGAUUCUAAGCCUAAAUCCAAACGUAAAUCUCGCUGUAAGAAGAAUAAGCUUGCAAGUUUACCUCCAUGCAAUCUCAAUGACAAGGGCCUACUUUUGAGACCGGCACCGAUCUGCCCAUCUACGAUGAGUAUGCAUCCACCUAAAUAUGUCAUGAACAACUCAACAAUCAAAACAACCGCUUAUACGCCCCGACAAAAGCAGAUCCAAGAUGGAGUUGAUGAGUUUGCAAAAAUACCUGAAGAUUCUAAGUCUAAAUCCAAAGGUAAAUCUCGCCGUCAGAAGAAUAAGCUUGCAAAUUUACCUCCAAGCACUCUCAAUGACAAGGGCCUACUUUUGAGAACUGCACCUAUCAAGCCAUCUGUGAUGGGUAUACAUCCACCUACACAUGUCAUGAAUAACCCAGCAAUCAAAACAAAAGCUUCUACGCCCCGACAAAAGCAGAUGCAAGUUGGAGUUGAUGAGCUUGCAGAAAUACCUGGGGAUUCCAAGUCUAAAUCCAAACGUAAAUCUCACCGUCAGAAGAAUAAGCUUGCAAGUGUACCUCCAUGCACUCUCAAUAACAAGGGCCUGCCUCUGAAACCUGACAAGAGUGCAUGCCCCGAAUACACUUGCCUCGGAAUAUGCAAGUUUGGAGCAGGUUGUAAGUUUGCCCACCCAUCAAACCCUCCACCGCCGUUGACAAUCCAUUCAGUUUAUCAGCAAUCCUACACAAACUCAGCUGGUGUUGAGGUGGCUUGGAUGGGUUCAAGUGAUCCCACAAUUCAGCAAACUCUCUAAACUUUCUUUGUCAAGGACCUUCCUUCCUACCUAUGAGGAUUCAUGCAACUCACAAUGUGCAAUUUGUUCGUACAUUCUUCCUCUGGGCCUCUUUUGAAUUCCAACACAAGUAAUCUAUAAAUGUCAAACAUAUAUUUAUAGGGUGAGAUCGUAGGAGAGAAUAUUUGGCAGAUUUGAGGGGGAAAAAGGCACUUCUAAGAAUGUUAUUAUGAUUAGGGAAUGAUUUUGCCAUGGGAAGGGGAUGUUCCCCUUAUGAAAAGAUAGAAUCAUAGAACUAUUACUACUGCUAUCAACCUUCUUUGCUUGCCUCUAAGUAUCAAAAGGUAUAUUAUAUAAGUUAUUUCCGGAAAUUUGAUGUGCUUACCAAAUGCUUUAAGAACCACCAAAAUAUCUUAACACAUGCAUAGGAAAAAGCCAUUGGUGGAGAUAGCAUUUUUUGUAAAAUCUUAAUGGGAGGAAGGAAACAUUGAAAAAGCCCAGUUCCUCUAGGAUAUCCGUUUUUGGUUUUUCUUCUAAGCAGAGCGCUAUGCAUUUCUUUGUUUCCGCUCACUUGGAUUAGUGCCUGGUUAUUUAGUUGGGCUUUUAUGAAUUGCCUAAUUAUUAUUGGAAG